CCCCUCCUCCCGGGCUGCCUCCUCCUCAGCUCUGCUCUCCCCGCCUCAGUGCUACACCGGAGGCUGAGGACACAUUACUACGGAGCCUGCUGCAGGGAGGACCGGAGCACGGGGACCGGGGAGGAUGCGCGGCUCUGCACCAGCGGGACACGGGGCAGCUUAAGCUUUCUGUGAGAAGGACAGGCCCCAUAAGAAGAAAUUAAAAGCGGCACCACAGUCGUGACCGGACUGCUUUUGUUUGGGUGCCAGACAGCAGUGACUCAAGCAUCCGCUGGAGGAUGCCUUAGGAGAGCCGUGCAAGAUAUUCUGGAACAUCCAAAGACCUUAACUUGAAGUGAACAUUUCUUCAGCUAAGGAUACUCUGAAGAGUCACCAUGGCCACCUCUCGGCUAGUAAACCGGAACACCAGGGACAUUGCAAAUGUGAUGCAAAGGUUACAAGAUGAGCAAGAAGCAGUUCAAAAGAGAACUUUUACCAAAUGGAUCAAUUCACAUUUGGCCAAGCGUAACCCUCCACUAAUCAUAAAUGAUCUUUUUGAAGAUAUAAAAGAUGGGACUAAGCUGCUUGCCUUAUUAGAAGUCUUAUCUGGUCAAAAACUGCCAUGUGAACAAGGGAAGCAACUGAAACGCAUUCACUGGGUGGCUAAUAUUGGUGCAGCGCUAAAGUUUUUGGAAGGCAGGCGGUCUGCAUACAGAGGAUCCCCGAUUAAAUUGGUGAACAUAAACUCAACAGAUAUAGCUGACGGAAGACCCUCCAUUGUGCUUGGUUUGGUCUGGACCAUAAUCUUAUAUUUUCAGAUUGAAGAAUUAACCAGCAAUCUUCCACAACUACAUUCACUGUCCAGUAGUACAUCUUCGGUAGACAGUGUCGUGGGUUCUGAGACAGCCAGCCCUCCAACCAAAAGAAAAGUGGUUAAUAAAAUUCAAGGAAGUGCCAAAAAAGCCCUGCUGAGAUGGGUGCAGUACACAGCAGCCAAGCGUCUAGGAAUCGAAAUAAAAGAUUUUGGGCCAAGCUGGAGAAACGGCAUUGCCUUUCACUCAUUAGUAUAUGCUAUAAGGCCAGAGUUGGUGGACAUGGAAAAACUGAAAGGGAGAACUAAUCGUGAAAAUCUGGAAGAGGCCUUUUCCAUUGCAGAAACUGAGCUAGGGAUUCCAAGGCUGCUGGAUCCUGAAGAUGUUGAUGUUGAUAAGCCUGAUGAGAAGUCUAUCAUGACUUACAUAGCUCAGUUCCUAAAACUCUAUCCUGAUCCUCACAACACAACAGCAGAUGGCCAAGAAGAUGAUAGAGAAGACAGGGUGGUGCUUCGGGACUUAAAAGUUUGGAUAGAACAAUUUGAACGGGACAUUACCCGGGCACAAACAGUAGAAAGCAGUUUACAGGACAGAUACCAGUCAUAUAAACAGUACAGAGUACAAUAUGAAAUGAAACGAAAACAGGUUGAAAGUGCAAUUCAGCCAUUGGGCAAAGAUGGAAAACUAUCACUUGAUCAGACAAUGGUGAAGCAAGCAUGGGAGAAGGUUACCGCAAGGAUUUUUGAUUGGCACGUGCAGCUUGACAAAUCUCUACCAGCUCCAUUAGGGACCAUUGGCUCCUGGUUAUAUCGAGCCGAGAUUGCACUCAGGGAAGAUAUUAUUAUGCAACAAUCUCAUGAAGAAACAGCAAAUAUGAUACAUAGAAAACUAGAGCAACAUAAGGACGUACUCAAGAAUCUGGAUGGUUAUAAAAAGGCUUUUCAAGAGAUCCAUCGCUCACGAUCUGUCAACGGAGUUCCGGUCCCUGUUGAGCAGCUUGAAGACAUGGCAGAAAGAUUCAGUUAUGUGGCCUCCUCCUCCCAGCUCCAUAUGAUGAAGUUAGAGUUCAUGGAAUUAAAGUAUCGACUAUUAGCACUUUUAGUGUUAGCAGAAUCUAAACUCAAGUCCUGGAUCAUAAAAUAUGGCAGAAGAGAAUCUGUGGAAUUGCUACUGCAAAAUUAUAUUACUUUUAUUGAUGGAAAUAGGUUCUUUGAGCAAUAUGAAUUUACCAGUCAGUCACUAAAGCAAGCUGCUGAGAUGUAUGUAAAAGCUGAUGGAUCAGCUGAAGAGGCUGAGAUUGUGACUAAGUUUCUGAAUGAGACUACUAUUCAGUGGAGAAACCUAUCGGUGGAGGUGAGGAGCGUCAGAAGCAUGCUUGAGGAAGUCAUUAACAACUGGGAUAAAUACAGCAGUACAGUAGCCAGUUUACAAGCAUGGCUAGAAGAUGCUGAAAAGAUGCUGGAUCAGCCAGAACAUGCCAAAAAGGAGUUCUUUCGUCACUUGCCUCACAUGAUCCAGCAGCACACGACAAUGAACGACUCUGGUAAUUUCCUGAUUGAGACAUCUGAUGACACUGUCUCUAAGGACAUCAAACAGCAGCUUCUGCUUCUUAAUGGUAGAUGGAGAGAACUUUUCAUGGAAGUCAAACAUUAUGCUCGAGCAGAUGAAUUUGAGCGUGCAAGAAAGGAGUAUGCAGAUGGCUUGAUAGCACUCGCAGCAUUCGCAGAAGGAGGCAACGAGAGAAUCUCCAUGCCGUUGGAAGUUUCCUUUCUAAAUGUUAAGAUGUUCGUCCAAGAUUUAGAGGAUAUCAAACAGAAAAUGCCAAUCAUUGAAGCUCAGUAUAAGUCAGUGACAAGAAUGGCCCAGCUUCUCACUAAGGAAUCUCCUCAGUCUGAAUCCAAUGAGAUGUUGGCAGCAGUGUCCAGGAUAAAAGACCAACUCAAUAAAAUAAGAGAGAGGUAUCCCCCCUUGCUUUAUGAAUCACAACAACUUCUUCCACCACUUGGGGAAUUUGAGAAUCAGAUGACCAACUUUUAUGAUUGUCUUGAGAAACUGAGUGGAAUUAUUGCAAUGUCAGACUUAGAUUUGCAGUCUACUUCUGUCUUUAAACAAAAACAGCGGGAACUAUUAACAUAUCAAGAGAGCUGUAAAAAGGCCCUGGUUGUAAUUGAGAAGAAUGGCCAAGCUGUCCACAAAGCAUUGACAAUCAGUAAAUCAUUGCACCAUUUUGACCGAUCUGGUCUUCAGAAGAAAAUAACAGAUGCUCAGUCGACAUUUCAGAGUGUGGCAAAGAAAAUAUCAGAAUGGAGAAAGAAGGCAGAGGCCAAUAAUAGCACGAUGAAGAAGUUUGAAGAGUCAAGAGCAGAACUUGAGAAAGUUCUCAAAACAGCAGAAUCCUACUUUAGGGAGAAAGGAAACCUUGAAGAACUUCUGAAGAAGCACACAGAGUUUUUUGGACAACUAGAUCAGAAGGUGCUGAACGCUUUCCUGAAAGCUUGUGAUGAGCUGACAGAUUUUCUACCAGAGCAGGACCAGCAGCCAUUACAAGAAACUGUCAGGAAGUUACAUAAACAGUGGAAGGAUUUUCAGGGUGAAGCUCCUUACCACUUACUACGAUUGAAAAUUCAACUGGAGAAGAAUAGGAUUCUAGGCACAAUUGAAGAAUGUCAUGUGGAACUGACCAGAGAAAACAACGUUUUACCAGUAAAUGGAAGUGAAAAAAUCAUUAAGGAACAUCGGGCAUUCUUUAGUGAAAAAGGCUGCUACCAGCUGUGUGAGAAGCGGUUACGCCUGAUCGAGGAACUAUGUUUAAAACUACAAGAAAGAGACCCUGUAAAAGGAGUGUAUGAAAGCACCAGAGAGCUGCUGAAAGAUCUAAAAGCUCAGAUUGACAGUACACAUCUAAAAUUCAUGGAACAUCCCGACAAGUGGAAAGAUUUCCGGAUCAGCUGUCAAUAUGAUCUUUCUUCUAGGUUAUCAGGAUUAUCAGAUUGGCUUGUGACAAAAGAUAAGCAGUUGAAGCGAAUUAAAAAUGAAAUAACAGAAGUGUCUAAAUUUGAACAAAUAAAAGCUUCAGUACAGGACAUCAGACGUGAUGCAAUAACACAAAAAGAUGAACUUGAAUAUCUGAAAGACAGGCUUAUUACACUUAUGGGGGUUUCAGUUGAGACAGAAGUGACAAAGCAAGAAAUGAAUCUAUCCAAAGUGUCUAAUGAUCUGAAAAUCCUGCUGGACUCUCUCAAUGAGGCUGACAAAAUCUUGAGUACUGUUGGAGAUUGUGUACAGUGCAAGGCAGAAGUAAAACAUGUCCUUAGUGAGAUCCUCACUGAUUCUAAAGAAGUGCAGUCAGAAGCUGAGAAGAUACUGAACACAGAAAGCUUUGAUGAGGCCCAGGAGCUACUUUUUCAUUAUGAGGAAAAGAUAAAGAAAAUACAGUCAAAGAAGCAGGAUAUCCAGGUCCAGAUUGCUCAGGCAAAGCAGUUACAACUUAAGAAAGGUUUGCCCAAAGACAUUCAGGAGGACUUUUCAAAAAUGGAAACUGAAUUGGACAAAGUGGCAACUGCAAUGAUAAAGCAAAAAGAAAGCUUAACAGAUACAAUGCAAAACUGGGAACAUAUAGAAACUGGCAAAAAAUCAAUUUCCCAGAACCUGAAGCAAAUAGAGCCUACGCUUGAACGACCUUUGAACUUUGGGACUUUGGAAACAUUGUCAUCUGAACUUGAGGAGGCAAAGGAGGUGUGUAAGCGAAGUGAAGAUCUUUUGGUCCAAGCAGAAAACAUUGUCAAGAAAUCUACUGUUAUUAAGCUUGGAGAUAAGGGCAAGCGCCAUCUGCAGGAAACAACCAAAUCUAUUCAAGACAACGUAAAUCAUGUUAAAGAGACCCUUGCUGAAAACAUCAAGAAAAUGGAGUUGGCUAAAGAUAAUUGGGAGAAGUUUGAACAUUAUUUUGAGGCCCAUUCCACUUGGAUGUCAGAAAGAGAAAAGGAACUUAAUGAUCUAGAACUGUCUGAUAUUUCACCAGAGCUUCAAGUCACACAUAUCCAGGAAAUUUUGAAGGAUCUGCAGAAUAAAUCAAAUGCAGUAAAAGAUCUUGAGGCACAAAGCCAGACAUUUGCUGAAUUUCUUAGCUGUGCAGAGAUGGCUCGGGUAAAAGCCAAGCUAUCACAGAUGGCCAAGUAUUGGGAUGGGCUGAAAGAACAUACACAUCGACUAGAACAAAGUAUUUUGGGCAUUGCGGAACAGCAACAGAAGUUUGAUGACACAAUUAGACAGAUUCAGACUUCUUUAGAGACUAUUGAGACGACUUUGACUCUUCCAGUUAACAACUGCUCCUCUGCAGCAGAAACAUACAAGCUCCUUCACUCCCAUCAGGAUCUGUGCCAUGAUGUUGAAAUGUUGAAGAACAGUAUUCAUUCUCUGAGUGCUGGCAAUCGCAAACUCACAAACAAGAGUAAAGUAGUACAGGCCAUUUCCAACCUUCAAACCCGGUUUGAGGUUGUGACUACACAGGCUAAAGAAAGACUCUCCUUGUUGGAGCAAUUGUUAGUCCAUUGGCAGAGGCAAGAAAAGGAAUUUUCAACUUUUGUGACCUGGCUUGAUGGUAUUGAAGCUUUGGUCAGUCCACUGCAAGAACAGUUCUCUGCAGACAGAGCAAAACUGGAGACUGAAAUGAAGUCCCUUCAGGAUCUGAAAGAGGAGUUAACACAGUCUAAGCGAUAUACAGUUCUGGUCCAGUUGUGUGCAUCUUUGUAUGCAACAUCUGAUGAGAACAGUGUACAGCAACUUAGGGGCCACCUUGAAAACCUGUCCCUCAGAUGGAAUAGACUACCAGAAGCUGUUCUAAAACGGAUCGGUGUCGUGGAAUCCAUUGUAAGUGAACACCAGAAAUUUGAUGACUUGUUACUAGAAUUUUCCCUCUGGAUUAAGCAAUUUCUUAAGGACCUUCAGGAAGCUGCUGAAAUAAACACAUCUGAUCAUGAAUCUGCUAUUCUUUUAAAUAAGAACCAUAUAGCAAAAGUAAAAGCACAGCAGGCAGAAAUAGAUCAUUUGAAGGAUCAGCUCAGUAAGUUGUGCAUUUUCACUAUUCCCAUUGAUAAUUUCGUGUUGGAAGGAAGGGUCACAGACUGUGUACAGCUGUAUGAAGAAACAAUUCAAAUCACUGAGCGACGACAAGAAUCCCUUGUCAAGUUAGGCUCCUUCUUACAAAUGCACCAAGAAAUUCUAAAUGUCCUUUGUAACUUAAAAGAAACAGUAGAAGGAGAAAGCAGCCUAGAUAAAGAUCAAUCUGAGUCUCUGGAGAAAGACAUAAAUAAAGUUGCUCAGGAUAUUGAUGAAUUGACAGCUCUGUCAGUAGGACUAGAUACAGCUCUUACCAAAGCACAGUACCAUCUAAAGUGCCCCACUUCUGAGCAGAGGACUUCUUGCAGAGCUCUGGCUGAUAACCUUAAUAUGGAGCUGGAGAAAGUUCAGAAGUUUCUGGGAACAAAACGGAGUGAAGCAGAAGCUCUUGGCGCACUCUGGAAAUCAUUUAUUGACUGCAGAGAGAAACUACUCAAGACAAUUGAAGAUAUUGAAGAAAAGGCAGACAAUGAAGAGAUGAAAGAGUCAACAUUACAGGCCCUUCAGCAAAGGUUAAAAUUUUUCAAUGAACUGGAGGAGGAAAUUAACUCUUACCAGCAUGAAAAACAGUGGCUUAUGGAUAAAGCAAAGCAGAUUGCCCAGAAGGAUUUAUCUAAGGCUGCAGAAGCAGAUAAAGAGCUGAAUGGUCUGAUCAUGACGUGGGAAGACACAAACAAGCUCAUAAUUGAAAGUCAAGAACAGUGCUUGGUUCUUAUCGAUCUGAUGAAAGAAUAUGAACAUCUGAAGGCUUCUAUUACUAGACUUAUAGAGAAUGCAGAAAACAUGAUAACAAUUAAGUCAACUUUAAAAGAUCAGGAAGACAUCCGGCGUGCCAUAGCAAAGCAUGAAUCAGCCAAGAAUGAACUGAAUGAAAACCAGAAAGAGCUGGAUGAAUUCACCAACAAAGGGAAACACGUAUUAGUUGAGCUAAAACGAAUCCAUGGCUGCGAUUCAAGACCAGUGAAAAAAGAUAUGGACUACUAUGUGGAUCAAUGGCUUGACGUACUGGAGAGAGCAGAUGAAAACCUGCAAAGACUAAGUGUGAGCUUAUCCUUGUGGGAAAAUGUUUUAAGCAUAAAUGAUGAAAUUGAUGGAUGGUCCAUUAGUUCCAUUUCACAGAUGAGCGACAAUAUUACCAACCUAAACAGCAGUCAGCGAAUGAAGGCUUGUCUUGAAGAAUUUCAGACUGAAGUUACGAAUAAAGGGCAGAAGUUGGAAGAAUUUCACUCAAAGAUUAAUGAACUGAAAGACCUGACCCGGAGCCAGGAGCCCCCAGCAGAGUUGCAGUUCAUUGCAGCAGAUUUAAAGCAGAAAUUGGAGCAUGCUAAAGAAGUCUCUCAAUUGGCCAAAAUAACAUUAGGUGACUUCAGUGCCCAAAAAAUGCAAUUGGAGACCUUCAUUAAACAGAUGACAGACUGGCUGAAUAAAAUGGAAGAAUCAAUUUUGAAAUAUGAAAAUAGUCGGGAACCAGAAGAUAUGAAAAAACUGAAGGAAAUGCAAAAAGAACUCCAAACCCAACAAUCCAGUAUUGAUACCACACAAGAAAACCUCAACACACUCUGUCGACAGUUUAGGUCUACAGAACUUGAGGUCAUUGGGGAAGCUGUGACCGCUCUGGUGAAAAAGUAUGAAGCCACAAACCAGCUCUGCUUCAAGACACAAGUUGCUCUGCAAGAGAAGUUGGAAAAUCGAUUUUUUGUGUCUAUGGGUAAAUUUGACGAGUGGUUUGGAGAAAUGAACAUGGGAGUUAAAGGCUCUUCGGAUUGGUCAGGUGACACCAAAACUUUAGAAGGAAAAAUAAAACAGUUACAGGAAAUACUGGACGUUAUUAGUGAAGGCCAGCACAAAUUAGAAGAUGCUGCGGAAGAAGGAGAGAAGCUUUAUUUUUGUUUGCCAAAACCAGUUGUUCUCAGUAUUCAGGAGAGGAUCUCAAAAGCUGAGAAAGAAUUCCAAAGCUUUAAGAAACAAUGUCUUAAGGACAAGCAGGCUCUAGAAGACUGUAUCUCUGAGCUUGGAAGUUUUGAGGACCAACAUAAAAAGUUAAGUAUGUGGAUCCAUGAGCUUGAAGAGAGAAUGAGGACAGAAACUCUUGGGGAGAGCAAACAACAUAUACCUGAGAAGAAAAGUGAAAUGCAUAAAGUGGAGAUGUUCCUAGAGGAGCUACUCGCAGCACGAGAUUCUUUUGAGAAACUUUGCCACCGAGCUCAAGCAUUACAUGAAGAUGGAUGUGGAGAUGGACAGGAGGUCCGCCUGUCAUCUCAGCUGAAUACAAAUUAUCAAAACCUUGUUAAAAUUCUAAAGGAGAAACUCCGUAUUUGUCAGGUGGCUGUACAAGAACAUCAGAUUUUUGAAGAAGCUUUGCAGACUACCUGGUCAUGGCUGAAAGAUAAGCAGGACAAAUUGUCUACUGCUGAAAGUACAGUGGGCAGUAAGAGUACACUUGAGAAUCGUCUACAACAAGUCCAGGAAAUCCUCCUAGUGAAAGGUGAAGGAGAGGUGAAGCUGAACUUGGCAAUUGGUAAAGGUGAACAGGCUCUUAAGUGCAGCAACAUGGAGGGACAGAUGGUAAUCCAGAUGCAACUGCAGACAUUGAAAGAUGUCUGGGGUACUGUCCAUAGUACAGCCGCAAGGUGUCUCAAUGGUUUAGAGUCUUUGCUCAGUCAGUGGAAUGAAUAUAUAGAGAGGAAAACCCAAAUAGAACAGUGGCUUGAGUCUGUCGAUCACAAGCUGGAGCAACCCAUCCAGAACCAGAAUGGUCUUCAAGAAAAGUUUACAUUGCUAGAUCACUUUCAAGCAGUCUUGUCAGACAUAGAAGAUCAUGCCACUACUCUUCACCAUCUUAUAGAAAAGACAAAGGAAUUGCACCAGAAGACUGAGGACAUGACCUUUUCAGACAAGGCUCAGAAUGAGCUGAAAAUGCAUUUCAACGACAUCAUGACUGUUGCAAAAGAGAAGAUGAGGAAUGUAGAAGACAUUGUGAAAGAUCACCUGCUGUACCUGGACGCUGUUCACGAAUUCUCGGACUGGCUCCAUUCAGCCAAAGAGGAGUUUCACCGGUGGUCUGAUGCCUCAGGGGAUGCUGCAGCCAUCCAAAAGAAAAUUGCAAAGAUUAAGGAGUUGAUGGAUUCCAGACAGACUGGAGCUGAACGUCUUAGCAGGGUAGAAGCUCUGGCUCCUGCAGUGAAGAAGAACACCACAGCUAGCGGAUGUGAACUGAUGGAGGCAGAGAUUCAAGGCCUGCAGAAUGACUGGAAGCAGUGGGAGGAAAGUGUCUGUCAAAGUCAGAACACUUUGGAAGCAGUUUUAAGUCAAAUGGCAAUUUCGGAACAAGAAUUCACAUCUGGGGUCUCCAGGCUGGAAGAAGAGGUGCAGGACUUCGGUGUAUUCCUAGGAAAAUGGACUCAGAAGCUAAUGCAAGGGGAAGGCAAGAAUACAGACAAAGAAAUAGUAGACGCUUGGCACAGACAGAAGGAGGCCCAAAAUGCUCUCACUGAAGCUGAACAUAUCACAGAUUACCUAAAAGCCCAGCUGAAUGAUCUAUGCAAGUUUUCAAAGGAUUUAGGUGUAUAUUCUGCAAAGGUCUCGGCUUUGAUUAAGGAUUACAACAGCCUCUUAUUGCAAACUUCAAAAAGUUGUCAAAGUAAAGAGCACAUUUUGCAGCAGAGGUUUCGUACGGCUCUUCGAGAGUUUCAGCAGUGGCUUGUAAACGCAAAAGUGACGACUGCCAAAUGCUUUGAUACCUCCCAAAGUAUCGAGGAAACAGCAGCAAGUCUUCAAAGAAUUCAAGAAUGCCUUUCUGAAAGUGAAAGUGGUCAGCAGAAACUACAGACUGUAACAUCAAGGGGUGAACUUUUGUGCAGUAUAAUUCCUGAAGAAAAGAGGAAAACUAUCCAAAAGAAAGUCCUGGCUGCAAAAGAUGACUGGAAAAACUUUAUUUCAUCGCUACAUCUGAAGGAAUCUGCACUAGAGAAUUUGAAGGUCCAAAUGAGAGAUUUUGAAACAAGUGCCAAACCCGUUCAGGAAUGGCUGGCAAAUACUGAAAGGAUAGUGCAAGACAGCAAAAAUCGUCUCCAUGACCUGCCAUCUAAGAGAAAGGAGCAGCAGAAGCUCCAGUCUAUCCUAGAAGAAAUAGGCUGCCAUGAGCCACAGAUCACCAGACUAAAAGAGAAGGCUCAACAGCUAAGGGAAGGCCAGUCUGCCAACAAAAGCUAUAUGCACAGGGUUUCCCUGCUGUCUUCUCAGUACCUAGCACUAAGCAAUCUAACAAAGGAGAAAAUGUCAAGGAUGGAUCGCAUUGUCGCAGAGCACCAGCAGUUUUUACAGGGUCUGACAGACCUCCAAGAGUGGAUAAAUGAUGCCGUUCACCUACUGCAGAUGUACUGUCAUCCUACUGCAGAUAAAAGUGUCCUAGACAGCAGAAUGUCAAAGCUGGAGACUUUGUUGUUGGUGAAGCAGGAUAAAGAAAUUCAAAUGAAGAUGACAUUAACACGAGGGGAAUCUGUACUGAGAAACACCUCUCCUGAUGGAGCCCCCACCAUUCAGCAGCAACUAAAAGACCUGAAGGAUUCCUGGGCGUCCCUUCUGUCAUCUUGUAUUCAAUGUAAAAGCCAGCUGGAAGGAGCCCUGUCCAAGUGGACAAGUUACCAGGAUGAUGUGCGUCAGUUCUCCUGCUGGAUGGACAGAGUGGAGGAGAGGCUAAAUGAACCUGAGAGGCAAUAUAGUGAACUAAGAGACAAAAUUGCAGCACAGAGUAAAGCUAAGUUACUGAAUGAAGAAAUUUUAAGUCACAGCAGUUUAUUUGAGACCAUAGAAAAGAAAGGAUCCAGUAUGACUGAACAUUAUGUUACCCAAUUGGAGCUCCAAGACCUACAAGAACAUUACAGUACACUGAAAGAAAAAAUUAAGGACACCAUCGCCAAACUAGAGAAAAUGGUGUCAGACCACCAAAGCUAUCAAAAGGCGCUCAGGGUAUUUGAAGACUGGCUUCAGCAUGAAAAUGAGAAACUGAACUGUCUAGUGUUGUUUGAUGGUGAUGCCGAGAGGUUCGAUGCUACUCUUCGGGAACUACAGGGCCUUCAGGUGCGCUGUGCAGAGGGACAGGCAUUAUUAAACAGUACCUUACACAUAAGAGAAGAAGUUAUACCAUGUGGUGUUCCUCACACAGAAGACAGACAAUUGGAAUCCUUAAGACAUGAUUGGCAAGUUUAUCAGCAGAUACUGACUGAAGGACGAAGCCAGGUAAAUGCCUCACUCAACAAGCUAAGGCUGAUGGAGAAAAAGUUCCAAAAGAUGGACGAAUGGUUGACUUCUGUGGAAGGAAAAGUAAAUAUCAGAACGGGGCGUCAAUCAGAGCGAGCAACAAAGGAGAUACAGCUACAACAGAUGAAGAAAUGGCAUGAGGAGGUGAUGGUCUACAAGGAUGAAGUUGAAGAAAUUGGCACAUUAGCCCAGCAAGUGUUAGAGGAAGGCCGUAGUAGCAGAAUUGGCACUAUGGCUACCCUGCUAACAUCUCGCUAUCAGGCUGCUCGGCUUCAUAUUUUGGAACAAAUGCACUUCCUUGAAGAAGAAAUAAGGAACAUAGUGGAGUCUGAUGCUGCCAUUAAAAGUUACACGGACUGGUUUACUGAUGUUUCACAAAACUUCCAAAAUAUAACAACAGAUAUGGGAGUUGUGGAUAAGACAGUACUGGAGAAAAAAAUGAAAAAACUCGAGUCUAUAUUAGGUGAUAUGGAUUUGGGUCACAGACUACUGAAAGCUCUGCGUGAAAAAGGUGAACGUGUUCUUAAGUACUUGACUGGAGAUGAAGCUGACCAGCUGGAGAAAGAUAUACACAACCAUGUGGAAAGGUUGGAGGAGCUGACAAGUUCAGUUAGAAAGGAGCAUACAGCACUGGAAAAAGGUCUCCAUCAUGCAAAGGAAUUCUCUGACAAGUACAGUGGACUAGUACAAUGGCUGACAGAGUAUCAGAACAUCCUGCAAGCCGAUGUGGAAUCCAAAACUGAGCUGUAUGAGAAGAAGGCGCAGCUAGCCAAAUAUAAGUCCAUUCAGCAAACUAUCCUCUCACGUGAGCCGUCCAUCAAAGUUGUGAUUGAAAAAGGUGAAGCCCUGCUUAGAAUGACCCAUGAUGCCUUUCUGGGGGAAAAAAUCCACAAAUUGCAAAAGGAUUAUCAAGGGUUAUGCAACCUAUCAAGGAGGACUGUUAAUGAAUUGGAGGACAACGUGAAGGAGCAUGAUUGCUAUAACAGUGAGCUGCAGGAUGUGGAAAAAUGGCUCCUACAUAUGUCAAGUAGACUGGUAACUCCUGACCUAAUGGAAGGCAGUAACUUAGAGAUGAUCACUCAACAGCUGGCUAAUCACAAGGCAAUGAUGGAGGAUAUUGCUGCCUUUGAAGAGCGCUUGAAUAGUCUCAAAGUAAAGGGAGAAAAUCUGGUUCUUCACUGUGCAGAACAUCUGCAAACAAAGUUCAAACAAACCAUACAAGCACAUUUACAGGGAACAAGAGACAGCUACUCGGCCAUAUGUAGUACUGUCCAGAGGGUGUAUUUAAGUUUGGAAAACGAGCUACAAAAGUAUGUUAGUAACCAAGACACACUGCUGCAGUGUCAAGCCUGGUAUUCUACUGUAAAGAAAGAGUUAGAAGAAAAAGUCAAAGCCCCACUCUGCCUGGCCGAGGCCACAAAACAGGUGAAACACUACAGGACUCUGCAGGAGCAGGCCAACACAUACUUGGACCUUCUGUGCACGGCUUGUGACUUAUCUGAUAGUGUUGUGAAGAAUGUAGCGAUCAGCAUUCAGCAGACAAAACAGACAAUUGAAAAAAGAAUGAUGCAGUCUCAGGAUCUGGCAAAUGGCUGGGAAGAAGUAAAACAAAUGAAGAUGGAGCUUCAGACAUAUUUUCAGGAGGCUGGCCAGCAACUCCAAAACUUAAAGGGAAAGCGUGCAGAACUGGAGGUCAAACUAGCACAGAAUGUGGUCACACAGCUGAAGGAAUUUAGUCAGAAGCUUCAAUCACAGCAAGAUCAGAUUACAAAUUUUACAGAGAAAGUGAACAAGCUAACCAGUGGACAGGAGUCACCAGAACAUUCUGAGAUCAGUCAGCUAAGUAACCGAUGGCUCGAUUUUUGCUUUCAAAUAAACAGUCUCCUCCAGCAGAGGGAGGAAGAUCUGCAGCGAACACGGGAUUACCAUGACCGUCUUGGCAUAGUCGAUGUCUUUCUUGAAAAACUUACUACAGAGUGGGACAAUUUAGCCAGAUCUGAUUCCGAGAGCACAGCAGCACACCUCGAAGCAUUGAAAACGUUAGGAUCAAUCCUUCAGGAGAGGAGAUUUGCACUUGAGGACCUAAAGGAACAAAAGCAAAAGAUGAUUGACAUUUAUUUAAAUGUAGAUGACAAAGAGUUAGUUAAGGAACAGACCAGUCAUUAUGAGCAGCGCUGGACUCAGAUAGAAGACCUAGUAAAAUCAAAAAUUGUUACUUGUGCCACAACAUUGGAAGAAUUAGGUUUUCUAAAUUCCCGGUUGCAGGAACUAUCUGAAUGGGCUGAAGAUCAGCAGCCUAGCAUGUCAGAAGCUUUGAAACAAAGCCCACCCCCUGAACUGGCUCAGAACUUGCUUAUGGACCACCUGACAAUAUGCAGUGAAGUGGAAACUAAGCAAGUAUUGCUGAAAAACCUUAUCAAAGAUGCAGAUAAAAUUAUGGCUGAUCUAGGACUGAAUGAAAGGCAACAGCUUCAGAAAGCACUAGAAGAUUCACAGAAACAUGUUGACUGCCUCAGUGAUUUGGUCAACCAAAGGAAGAGACACUUAAAUAAAGCUUUAUCUGAAAGAGCACAGUUUUUGAUGGCGGCCUAUCAGGCCUUGAAUCAAAUUCAGCACUAUGAAAAGAAGGUGAUGUUUCAGGAGCACAUUUGCUUGCUCCCAGAUGAUGUAAGUAAGCAGAUCAGAACAUGCAAACAUGUCCAGGCGGGUUUGAAGGCUUACCAGAGUGACAUUACCAGCCUGUGGAACCAGGGCCGAGACUUAAUGAAGGAAGCCACUGAACAAGAAAAAAGUGAGGUUUUGGGUAAAUUACAAGAAUUGCAAAAUGUUUUUGACAGCACUUUGCAAAAGUGUGGGCAAAGGCUUAUAGAACUUGAAAAAAGCUUUGUUUCAAGAAAAUUUUUUAAAGAAGAUUUAGACAAAGCUUGUCAUUGGAUAAAGCAAGCAGAUGUUUUAACAUUUCCGGAAAUUAAUCUAAUGAAUGAUGAUUCUGAAUUAUAUUUUCAGCUUUCUAAAUAUCAGAAAAUCCUUGAGCAGGCCCCUGAAUAUGAAAAUCUUCUACUCUCAUUGCAAAGAAAUGGCCAAGAUAUUUUGCCUUCAUUGAACGAGGUGGAACGAUCUUACCUUGAUGAGAAACUCAAUUCUUUGCCACAGCAAUGUAACUAUGUUGUUACUUUGGCCAAAGAAAAACUUAGUAGAGUUCAGGAGGCAAUCUUUAUCCGCAAAGAGUAUGUUUCAUUGCUUGAUCUGACAAACAAGGCUCUAAAAGAACUCGAAGACCACUUUUUACUCAUGAACAGAGUUCCCUCCAGCCUUUCAGCUGAGGAAGCAUUGACACUGCAGCAGGACUAUGCUUCUCUCCUAAAUGAAGUUGUGACACUUGGCACAGCAGUUAUUGAACUAAAUCAGAAAAAGGAGAUUUUCCGGAGCACAGGGCAACCAUGGCUUCCUGAAGAAAUGUUACAACUUGUGUGCCAGUAUAAUAAAUUAAAAAGAACCAUAGAACAGAGAGUUAGCCAACUGGCAGACACUAAAAAUGCCUAUCGGCUAAAUGAAGAACUUUGUUCAAAGUUGAAGAUAAAAUUUGAGGCCCUGGAUAAGGAAUUUGAACAAGUUAACAGGGAAACCCUUCCAGCUGAGGACAAAUUGAAAAGCUAUCGCACAUUGGCGGCCAACCUCCAUAAUACAGGCACCCUUCUCAGACAAGUCACCGAACAUUUAGAAGAAAUUUCUCCAAUGCUUGAUCCUUCAGCGUAUGAAGCUGCAGAGCUUCAGGUUCAACAGUGGCAUGAAAAAUUAAAACCUUGGCAUGCUGUGAUGAAGGAAAGAAUGGGAGAGUGUGAAAAUAGAUUAAUUCAGAGCAUUGACUUCCAUAUUGAAAUAUGCCGGACUUUGGAGUGGCUAAGGCAAAAGAAGGUAGAACUAAGUGAACCACUGGCUUUGGAUGGGAAGCUUGAAAGCAUCCAAGAAGAAAUCAGAAAGUUACAUAUUCAACAAGAGGAAAUAGCAUCCAGUCUAAGGAUUAUGAAUGCCCUCAGCAACAGGGAAAAGCAAAAGUACCUAAAAGUAAAAGAGUUGGUCCUAGCCGAUCUGGACAAAAGCAUAUCUGACUUGUCUGAACUGGACAGAGAAAUCAAUGAAGUGAUCAGUGGAAGACAGGCUACUCUAGAAAAAAUGUACAUCACAAGUCAGAGACACCAUCGGGCAUUACAGUCUGCAUCUAACUGGCUAGAAGAAGCACACCAAAUGCUGCAACAGACUUCAAGUGGUGUAGACAUUGAGACUGCUGAAGACACUCUUAGGGACUAUACAGAUUUUUUUAGCUCUGAAAAUAAACUAAAUGGACUCAUUGAUGAACUUCACAUUUCAACUUGUGAGCUUGAAGGACUUGUUAACAAGUCAGGGAUGGAUCAACUCAAACAAGCUGUGGCCUCCAUAAAGAAAAGAGGGAAAGAGACCAAGGAGCAAACUCAAAGUCAACUAGAACUGCUAAGAAAGUGUACAGUUCAGUGGCAUUUAUACCAAGAAGAAAGAAACCAAGUUGUAAUUUCCCUAAAUGAAGCUGAGAAAAAGUUGUUUAAGUUUUCACUCGCAAAGGAUAUUACAUGCCAUAAAUCUGAAGAGAAACUUGGUGCUCAUAAGACUUUGGUAAACUUGGUGAAUUCUUUUCACGAAAAAAUCACAGCACUUGAGGAAAAGGCAUCAGCAAUAGAGAAGUUGGGAAAUAAUGCUACCAAAGCAACCAUAAGUAAGUCAAUGUCAACAGUGUGGCAGAGAUGGACCAAGCUUCGCAGUACAGCUCGGGAACAGGAAAAACUACUGGAGGAAGCUGUGCAGGAAUGGAAAAAGCUAAGUGAUAAGAUACAGGCAUCUACCUUAGCAAUUGAUCAGCUACAGGAACGCCUUCCAGACAGCUGUACUGAAAAGGCAUCAAAGGCUGAACUGGUUGCGCUACUGGAAUGCCACGAGACAUUCUCUCGAGAUCUAGAGCAAGAGUAUUCUGCAGUGAACCGCUUGAGGCAGCAAGCUUUGAAUGGCCUCCUUCGGGAUGUGCUUACUGAAUCAACUUCUAUGGAGGAUCUGCCGGUCAUUCAGGAAAUGAAAGCCAUGCUUGACAGAUGUUCCAACAUGCAACAGAAAAUCAAGAAAAGCAAAAAGCUUGUAGAGCAGGAACUAAAAGAAAGAGAAGAUGUGGAGAAGGAACUUAAUAUUAUUAAAUCCUGGAUCAGAGACACCAAGGAAACUUUGCUGAAUUCUGCAUCAGGAGAUAUGCACUUGGAAAAAUUUCAGGUUCUAAUUCAGGAGCUGAAUUCUCAUCAUCAAAAAAUGGAUAAUCUUUCUGGAGAACAGCAGAAUAAAUAUCUGGAAAUGUACACAAUUCUGCCAUCUGAGCUCUCAUUGCUGCUCGCUGAAGUGGCAUUAGCCCUGGCCAAUAUGAAUGAAGAGAUACAAAUGAAACUUAAAGAAGCACAGCAGAAUCAAAUACUUUACCAGGAGCUGGAUAAGCGAAUAGCAGAAACUGAGGGAGAACUGAAUUCUAUUCUAGAAAAAUUAAAAGAGAAAGCAACUGAUGUGACUGAUGCUAGAAAAGAUCACACGAUUUUAUGUGAGGAACUAGACAAGUGUAACAUAAAGCUGGUGGAACUGGAUGCUGCAGUACAGGACUUUGCUGAACAGAAUCAUACUCUGGGAAAGCAACUGGUGGAUAAGAUAGGGAAACUUACAGAAUUACAGCAGCAAGCAAGCAAACAGGCUGAAUACAGAGCAGGCAAAGUCAAGCAGGCUGUCGUUCAGCUGGAGGAAUACAAUGAAAUGCUAGAAUUUAUUUUACGUUGGAUUGAAAAAUCUAAAAUAUUACUGAACAGUAACAUCAUCUGGAAUUCAGCGAGUCAGCUUCGUGACCAAGCAAUGGCUCACCAGGCUAUGUUGGAAGAGUCCAGAGAUAUCCAUAGUGAUCUAGAAGCAAUGAAUGAAAAAACUGAAUAUUUGUCCAGUAUUUACCAGACAGAAGAAUUGUCUCAGCAAGUGUCAGAACUUGGACGUCAGACUGAAGAACUACAGCAAACAAUAAAGCAUCGUCUGCAGAACCUUCAGGAUGCAGCAAAGGAUAUGAAGAAGUUUGAAAGUGAAAUUAGAGUAUUACAAACAGCAUUAGAACAAGCCCAGACUACGCUGACGUCACCAGAGCUGGGGCGCUUGAGUCUUAAGGAGCAACUGUCUCAUAGACAGCAUCUACUAUCCAAAAUGGAGUCUCUAAAGCCAAAGGUUCAUGCUGUCCAGCUUUGCCAAAGUGCCUUAAGAAUUCCAGAAGAAGUAGUUACUAGCCUUCCCAUAUGCCGCACUGCUGUUAGACUGCAAGAGGAGACCAGUCGUCUUCAGCACACUGCCAUUCAGCAGUGUAAUAUUAUGCAGGAGGCGGUGGUCCAAUAUGAGCAAUAUGAACAAGAGAUGAAACAUUUACAGCAGCUAAUAGAGGAAGCACAUCGGGAACUGCAAGAUGCAAAAGUAACCACCAGCAAUAUACAGGAAUUGCAAUUCCAGAUCAAACGUCAUGAGGAGCUGGCAAAGAAGAUCAAAGGUUAUCAGGAGCAGAUAGCAUCACUCAACUCCAAGUGCAAAAUGUUAACCAUGAAGGCCAAGCAUGCCACAAUGCUGCUCACUGUCACCGAAGUGGAAGGACUGACCGAGAGAAUGGAGGAACUGGAUGCUGAACUCCUCCCUGCACACUCUGCUCACCCGUCUGUUGUUAUGAUGACCGCUGGUCGCUGCCACACUCUUCUGUCUCCUGUCACUGAGGAAUCAGGGGAGGAGGGUACGAACAGUGAGAUCUCCUCUCCACCCGCCUGUCGGUCUCCUUCACCUGUGGCUAAUACAGAUGCUUCUGUUAAUCAGGACAUUGCUUAUUACCAGGCCUUAUCUGCUGAACAGUUGCAGACGGAUGCAGCCAAGAUCCAACCAAACACCACGUUACCUCAAGACAUGUAUGAGCCAGGGAUAGAGAUGGCUGCUCAUGCCAAACUAGAUGACCUUCAGCGUUCCUGGGAGACGUUGAAGAAUGUGAUUAGUGAAAAGCAGCGCACUUUAUAUGAGGCUCUUGAACGACAGCAGAGGUACCAAGAUUCUCUCCAGUCUAUUUCCACUAAAAUGGAAGCCAUUGAAGUCAAACUAAAUGAAAGCCUAGAACCCAGUAAAACACCUGAAAGUCAGAUGGCCGAGCAUCAGGCUUUUAUGGAUGAAAUCUUAAUGUUACAAGAAGAAAUCAGCAAGUUGCAAGCAUCUUUUGCAGAUGAACUUGUUUCGGAAUCUUUGGAUUCUGAGGCUGCAGACCAACUAGCUCUGCAAUCCACACUGACUGUGUUGGCUGAAAGGAUGGCUACCAUCAGAAUGAAAGCUUCUGGAAAGCGCCAGCUAUUAGAGGAAAAACUUAAUGAACAGCUAGAAGAACAGCGUCAUGAACAGGCUCUGCAGAGAUACUGCACUGAAGCUGAUGAGCUAGAUCAUUGGCUGCUGGGUGCCAGGGCUACCUUAAACAAUGUGUUACGUGCUUUCGAAGAACCCAUGGACAUGGAAGCUCAGCUCAUUGAUUGCCAGAACAUGCUGCUGGAAAUUGAACAGAAGGUGGUGGCUCUGUCCGAGCUCUCUGUGCACAGUGAGAGCUUAUUAAUGGAAGGAAAGGCCCACACCAAGGAGGAGGCUGAACAGUUAGCCAUGAAACUGAGGACACUAAAGGGAAGUCUCCUGGAACUACAAAGGGUUCUACAAGACAAGCAAAUCAGCAUUCAGGGCACGUUCCAUGAAAAAGAGGAGUCUGAAUCAGAGCUGUCUUCUUCACAAAGCCCCAGUGUCCAGGAAUGGCUUGCUCAAGCACGCACUACCCGUUCACUACAAAAGCAGAACAGUCUUCAGAAACAAAAGGAACUGGAACAGGAACUUGCUGAGCAGAAGAAAUUAUUGCAGAUGGUUGCAAGUCGUGGGGGUGAAAUAAUAAAUCAGCAGACAACCAGUGAUCAGACAAAUAUCAGUGAGGGACCUGACUCAUUAUCCAGAGAACUGGGCUUGGAAGGAGUGAAGCCAACAUCACCGGAGCAAAUGAGAAAGAAAUGGGAAACAUUGCAUCAAGAACUUUGCUCCAAGGAAAAAUUGGUGCAAAAUGCUUUACAACAGGAGCAAGAACAACCAAUUUUCAACAAGACGAAUAGAGUCAUUUCCGGGAUGCCUUUUUACAAAGGAGACAAACAAGUUCAAGAUAAAUCAGCAGUUGUCAACAUUUUAGAUGGGUUAAACCAAGCACUGGAAGACGUUUCUUCUCACAAUGGGGUUGGGGAAAAGAAGAUCCUCCCUCUAGAGAAGAAACUUUAUGAAGCUGUGUCAGUCACUUCAACAUGGUUGGAUGAUGUGGAGGAAAGCCUAUUUGUACAAACAGCACAUCAACCAGAUCAGACCGAAGCCUGCCUUUAUAACCAAGAGACUUUAGCAAAAGACAUUAAAGAAAUGACUGAAGAAAUGGACAAGAACAAGACUCUGUUUUUCCAAACAUUUACAAGCAGUGAAGACCACCAUGAGAUCAUUGAGGAUACCUUGUAUUGUCUUCUGGGAAGACUUAACUCCUUAGAGUCAGUGGUCAACAAUAGAUGUUGUCAGAUGAAAGAAAGACUACAGGACCUUUUGACCUUCCAGAAUGAUUUGAAGUUACUCUUUACAUCCUUGGCUGAUAACAAAUAUAUAAUAUUGCAUAAACUUGCUGAAGCAGCUGAACGACCAGCAAAAGACCAAAUGCAGGCAAUAAUGCAAGCAGAAGAUAAUUUAAAAGAACUGGAUACUGAAAUUACAGAGUUGAAAAGAUGUGGAGACAAACUGCAGGUGGAUCAGCAAUCCAUGCAAGAGCUAUCCAAACUUCAGGACACCUAUGAUGAACUCAUGAUGGUCAUCAGCUCUCGGAGAAGUGGGCUGAAUCAGAACCUUGCACUGAAGGGUCAGUAUGACCGAGCCCUGCAGGACUUAGCUGAUCUGAUCGAAACAGGACAGGAGAAGGUGUCAGGUGGAAAGAAAUGCAUGGUUUCUUCUAGGAAGGAUGUCAACAUUAUGCUAGAUAAACAUAAGGAGUAUUUUCAAGGAUUGGAGUCACAUAUGAUUCUCACAGAAACACUUUUUAGGAAAAUCUGCAGCUAUUCUUCAUCCAGAGAGGCUCAGCACCACUCGGACUUGAUGGCAAAGGCAUCUACUGUACUAAAACAAUCUCACAAGAGAGGUGUAGAGCUGGAGUAUAUUCUUGAGACAUGGAUGCUCCUGGAUGAAAAAUAUUUAGAACUGAGCAGACAUCUGGAAUCACUUGAAAGUAACAUACCUGUUGUGAGUCUGGUGGAAGAAUCCGAAGAAAGACUAUUAGAAAGAAUCGAACUGUAUCAGUGCUUUAGAUCAAGCUUAGCAGAGUCCCAGCCAAAACUUUACCAAGUUCUGGAAGAUGGAAAAAGACUUCUGAUGUCUGUAAACUGUCCAGAACUGGAAGCCAUGUUGAGUCAGUUAGGUGAACAGUGGUUAAGUGACACCAGCAGAGUCUCCAAAGAACUGAAUCGAUUGGAGAAUAUACUCAAGCACUGGACAAGAUACAAAAAUGAGUCUGCGGAGCUUCUUCACUGGUUGCGUUCUGCAAUGGAUAGGCUGGACUUUUGGACUGAACAAUCUGUUACUGUGCCUCAAGAACUGGAGACAGUCAGGGAUCACCUAAAUGCCUUCCUGGAAUUCUCUAAAGAAGUUGAUGCCAAAUCUUCACUGAAGUCAUCUGUCUUAAGCACUGGAAACCAGUUGCUUCGGCUGAAAAAAGUGGAUACAGCGUCACUUCGUUCAGAACUCGCAAAAAUAGAUAACCAAUGGACAGAGCUUCUCACACAUAUUCCAGUAGUACAAGAGAAACUUCAUCAGCUACAAAUGGACAAGCUCGCUUCACGGCAUGCUAUCACCGAAGUCAUGACUUGGAUCUCUCUGAUGGAAAAUGUUAUCAAGGAGGAUGAAGAGGCUAUCCGGAAUGUUGUGGGCUGUGAAGCUAUUCAUGAAUAUCUUUUGAAAUACAAGGGGUUCAAGAUUGACAUAAACUGCAAGCAGCUGACAGUGGAUUUUGUGAAUCAGUCUGUGCUUCAAAUCAGCAGCCAGGAUGUGGAAAGUAAGAGAAGUGACAAAACUGAUUUUGCGGAAAAGCUGGGAACUAUGAACAGGAGAUGGCAGAUCCUGCAAGGGUUAAUAACUAAAAAGAUUCAAAUGCUUGAGAGAUUAUUAGAAUCAUGGACAGAAUACAAAAACAGUGUGCAGAGUCUGAAAUCCUGGUAUGAGAAGCAAGAAAAGAAGUUACAGAAGCAACAAAGCAUUGGUGAUCAGGUGUCAGUCCAGAACAGCCUAAAGGAAUGUCAGGAACUUGAAGAAGCUGUCAAAGCCAAAGAAAAUGAUUUGGAGAAGUUGGGACAGACAGGAAUAUCCUUAAUCCAGAAUAAGAAAGAGAGAGCCUCUGCUAUAGUUAUGGAUACCCUCAGUGAACUAAACCAGUCUUGGGCAACUUUGGACUGUAAGGUGUGUCAGCUGAAGAUAUUGUUACAGUCGGUACUUGAUCAGUGGAGCAUUUACAAGGAGGUUUAUGAAGAGCUGAACAGCUAUUUGAUGGAAGCCAGGUAUUCACUGUCCCGCUUCCGGCUCUUGACAGGAUCCAUGGAAGCUGUGAAGGUUCAAGUAGACAACCUACAGAGUCUUCAGGAAGAGCAGGAGAAGCACGAGGCAGUUUUAAACAAGUUUGGUUCUGUCACCAACAAGCUCCUGAAUGAAUGUAAUUCUACUGUGGGAGUAACACUGGAGAGCACUUUAAAGGAGGUCACUACAAGGUGGAAUAGUUUAUUAGAAGAUAUUGCAGAGCAGCUGCACUCCAGCAGGACUCUACUCCAGCUGUGGCAGAAAUACAAAGAUUUCUGCAUUCAGUGUUCUAAUAGCGUUCAGCUACAAGAAGAUCGCACCAAUCAGUUACUUAAGGCUGCCACUAACAAGGACAUAGGAGAUGAAGAGAUCGCCACCUGGAUACAAGAAUGCAAUGUUAUUUUGAAAAACUUGGGCACUGCUAAGAGUUCAUUGGCUAUUCUCCAAGAGACUGGAGAGCAGCUUAAACAACAAGUCGAUUUGUCUGCUGCUGCAACCAUCCUGUCCGAUCACCUCUCCAUGAGUCAGCGCUUGUCAGUAUUGGAGCAUGCACUCCAACGCCAACAGGCAAUCCUGCAGGCGGGUGUGUUGGAUUAUGAAACAUUUGUGAAGAGUCUUGAAGACCUUGAAACAUGGCUUUUCGAAGCAAGAGAUGUUCUGAAUGGUCAGGACCCUAAUCGAUCAUCAGAUCUCUCCACAAUUCAAGAGAGGAUGGAGGAACUCAAAAGGCAGAUGUUAAAAUUUAGCAGCAUGGCUCCAGACUUGGAUCGUCUCAAUGAGUUAGGAUACAGACUACCACUGAAUGAUAAGGAAAUCAAACGCAUGCAGUGUAUGAAUAGAACAUGGACAAUGAUCUCAUCACAGACGACAGAAAGGUUUAGCAAAUUACAGUCUUUCCUACUACACCAUCAGACCUUUUUGGAAAAAUGUGAAACUUGGAUGGAGUUCUUGAUUCAAACAGAACAGAAGCUUGCGGUGGAAAUCCCAGGAAACUACCAGAAUCUUCUAGAGCAGCAAAGGGCACAUGAGCUAUUUCAAGCUGAAAUGUUCAGCCGCCAACAGAUUUUGCAUUCAAUAAUUGCCGAUGGACAGAGGCUUCUUGAGCAAGGACAAGUGGAUGAUAGGGAUGAGUUCAGUCUUAAGCUAACCCUGCUGAGUAAUCAGUGGCAAGGAGUGAUCCGUCGUGCUCAACAAAGGAGAGGCAUCAUUGAUAGCCAGAUACGCCAAUGGCAGCGUUACAGAGAGAUGUCAGAAAAGCUGCGGAAAUGGCUGGUGGAGAUGUCCUACCAGCCAGUGACUGGCCUGGGAAGCAUCCCUACACCACUCCAACAAGCCAGAACCCUUCUAGAUGAAGUCCAGCUUAGAGACCGAGUGCUCCACAGGCAACAAGGGAGCUACAUCCUUACUGUGGAGGCUGGGAAGCAGCUGCUUCUUUCUGCUGACAGCGAGGCGGAGGCUUCCUUACAGGCAGAACUCAUUGACAUUCAGGAGAGAUGGAAGGCCACCACAGUGAGACUGGAAGAACAGAAGAAGCAGCUUGCAUUCCUGUUAAAAGACUGGGAGAAGUGUGAAAAGGGAAUAGCAGAAUCUUUGGAGAAACUGAGGACAUUCAGGAAAAAUCUCUCUCAGCCGCUCCCUGAUCACCAUGAUGAGCUGCAUACAGAACAGAUCCGCUGCAAGGAGCUUGAAAAUGCAGUUGAAGGAUGGGUUGAAGACCUUGCUCAUUUGACAAAACUGAAGAACUCAUUUUCACCCUUUAUCAGUGCGGAUGACAUAUCCAUUGUUAACGAACGCAUUGAACUGCUGCAGAGACAGUGGGAGGAACUCUGUCAUCAGGUCUCUGUACGUCGGCAGCAGGUCAGUGAGAGGCUUAAUGAGUGGGCUAUCUUCAAUGAGAAGAACAAGGAGCUGUGCGAGUGGCUGACUCAAAUGGAAAGCAAAGUCUCUCAGAAUGGGGACAUCAGCAUUGAAGAAAUGAUUGACAAGCUCAGAAAGGAUUACCAAGAAGAAAUAAAUGUUUUCCGGGAAAACAAAAUGCAACUUCAGCAAAUGGGAGAAAGACUUGCCAAGGCCAGCCAUGAAAGCAAGGCAUCAGAGAUAGAGUACAAGCUGAGCAAAGUGAAUGACAGGUGGCAACAUCUCUUAGACCUUAUUGGUGCACGAGUGAAGAAAUUAAAGGAGACAUUGCUUGCAGUACAACAACUGGAUAAGAACAUGAGCAGCCUGAGAACAUGGCUGGGUCAUAUUGAGUCUGAGCUGUCCAAGCCCAUCGUUUAUGAAACCAGUGACUCUGAAGAGAUACAAAGAAAACUUAAUGAACAGCAGGAACUGCAGAGAGACAUAGAGAAACACAGUACAGGCGUUGCUUCAGUUCUUAAUCUCUGUGAAGUUCUUCUCCAUGACUGUGAUGCCUGUGCCAACGACACAGAGUGCGAUUCCAUCCAGCAGGCUACUCGUAGUUUGGACCGUAGGUGGAGGAACAUCUGUGCUAUGUCUAUGGAGAGGAGACUCAAAAUUGAAGAGACCUGGAGACUGUGGCAGAAAUUCUUGGACGAUUUCUCACGGUUUGAAGAUUGGCUGCAGAUUUCUGAGAGGACCGCUGCUUUUCCUAGUUCUUCUGGCGUGCUCUAUACAGUAGCAAAAGAAGAGCUGAAAAAAUUUGAGGCUUUUCAAAGGCAAGUUCAUGAAAGUCUUACACAGCUGGAGCUUAUAAACAAACAAUACCGCCGCCUAGCCCGAGAGAACCGCACUGACUCUGCAUGUAAACUAAAGCAGAUGGUUCAUGAAGGAAACCAGCGGUGGGACAACCUGCAGAAAAGGGUCACCUCCAUUCUCAGGAGAUUAAAGCAUUUUAUUGGUCAGCGAGAAGAAUUUGAGACUGCCCGUGACAGCAUUUUGGUGUGGUUAACAGAAAUGGACCUCCAGUUAACAAACAUUGAGCAUUUCUCUGAAUGUGAUGUGCAAGCAAAAAUUAAACAGCUGAAGGCCUUUCAGCAAGAAAUAGCAUUAAACAGCAGUAAGAUUGAUCAAAUUAUUACUCAAGGAGAACAGCUCAUAGAAAAGAGUGAACCUUUAGAUGCUGCUGUUAUUGAGGAAGAGCUUGAUGAGCUUCGAAGGUACUGUCUAGAGGUCUUUGGUCGUGUUGAACGAUAUCACAAAAAGUUAAUCCGUCUUCCGUUGACAGAUGAUGAGCAUGACUUCUCUGACCGAGAAAUGGAUGGUGAUGAAGCAGCGGAUCUGUCUGAUCUGCCUUGGCACACAAAGGCAGCUGGUGGCUCACCUUCACCCCUACCCUCAUCAAACCACUCACUGUCACUAAUCGUUCCUAUGAGAAGUGAAAGAUCAGGUCGGGAUACUCCUGCAAGUGUGGACUCUAUUCCCUUGGAAUGGGAUCAUGACUAUGACCUUAGUCGGGACUUGGAAACUGCCGUUUCUCAAGUAUUACACUCAGAUGAUGAAGAUGAUGAACAUGUCAAAAAUUAUUUCUCUCAAGGAGCCGCAAGUUUAACCGAUGUAGAAAUUCCUGAAAGUCCUGAAGCCUAUAUUAAACUUACUGAAAAUGUUCUGAAACAGUCCUCUGGAGAGUCCUGUUUGUUAGAAACACAGAUCCGUCAACUUGACAAAGCAUUGGACACCAGUCGCUUUCAUUUACAGCAAGCAGAGAAUGUCAUUCGCAGUAGGACACCCACUGGACCUGAGCUAGAUUCAAGUUACAGGGGCUAUAUGAAACUUCUUGGAGAGUGUCGGGGCAGCAUUGACAACGUAAGACGAGUAAGCGACAACCUUAAAGAGGAGGAGGAAAAGCUGUCUGGUUUCAUUAACUUGAAUAGUACAGAGACACAAUCUGCAGGCGUUAUAGAGAGAUGGGAACUGAUCCACGCACAAGCCCUUAAUAAGGAGCAUAGAAUGAAGCAAAAACUUCAGCAAUGGCAGCAAUUUAUGUCAGACCUUGAUAACAUUUGGGAUUGGCUGGGAGAAACAGAGGAGGAGCUUACACAGCUGCAGCGGCUAGACGCUAGUACUGACAUACAAACUAUUGAACAAAGGAUAAAGAAGCUGAAGGAACUUCAGAAAGCUGUGGAUGGUCGGAAAGCUAUUGUCCUGUCCAUUAACCUGUGCAGCUCAGAGUUCACUCAGGCAGAUACUUCAGAAAGCAAGGAGCUUCAAGAGCGGCUGAGACAAAUGAACCUCAGAUGGGACCGUGUGGGCAGCACAUUAGAGGAUUGGCGUAGUUCACUACAGGAUGCUUUAAUGCAAUGCCAGGACUUCCAUGAAAUGAGCCACGGGCUGCUACUUUGGUUAGAAAAUAUUGACCGUAGAAGAAAUGAGAUAAUUCCUAUCAAUCCCAGUUUAGAUUCUGACACUCUACAGGAUCACCACAAGCUGUUAACGCAAAUCAAGCGUGAGCUGCUAGAAUCUCAGCUCAAGGUGGCAUCUCUACAAGACAUGUCCUGCCAGUUACUUGUCAAUGCAGAGGGCAAGGAUUGUCUUGAAGCCAAAGAGAAGGUGCAUGUCAUUGGGAACAGACUCAAAGUGCUCUUAAAGAAAGUGACCCAGCACAUCAAACAAAUUGAGAAAAUAUUGGACAUUUCCAGCAGUCAGCUGGAGUUGUCUUCGUGGUCUUCCGCAGAUGAAUUAGACACUUCCGGAUCCCUCAGUCCUGUCUCGGGCACAAGUACCCCAAGUAGGGAGAGAACGCCACGGGGCAAAUGUAGUGUCUCACAGCCUGGACCCUCUGUCAACAACCCACCUAGCAGGUCCAAAGACGAUGGCUUAGGUUCCUGCCAUUCUGAUGCCAAUUCGGUUCAAGGACACCAGUCAUUCUUUCUACGGGUUUUGCGAGCAGCCUUACCACUUCAACUUCUUCUGCUGCUUUUAAUUGGUCUUGCCUGUCUUGUACCAAUGACUGAAGAAGACUAUAGUUGUACUUUAUCCAAUAAUUUUGCGCGAUCUUUCCACCCGAUGCUCAGAUAUACCAAUGGGCCCCCACCUAUAUGAACACCCUGUUUAAUGGAAAUCACUGUGGAAUAUAUAUGAGCUGUUUGCAGCUUUUAAUUGCACUUAUCAUGGCAGCUUUACUUCUCUGAAUUAACCUGUAAGUAUAAAGCCAAUACUGUAGAGGCCCAGUAACUAAAGUGACCCUGGAAAAGAUGACAUCAGCAUUGACCCACAGAAGACUAUGCAUAGACGGCAUCUCUCUAAUAAGAUUCGGUUCUGUAAUUCUCACUCUUAACAUUAUCAGUAUUGGACAAAAAGGCUCUAAUUAUGAAGCUAUUUUAGACGCUUGUAAUAUAAAAUUUUAAAAAGCUUACACGGCAAAUAUUUUUUUACUUUUCCCUGUUGCAUUUUUGUUUAUGGGCUUUCUGUGUGUUGGUGUGUUGAGAGAAGCAUGAAAUCAUUAUAAACUCUAGUUCAAUUAUGAAGGAUGUACAAAUAAAUGGCACAUUUUGGGCUAAUAAACUGGAUGUAAGAAAUAAAAUCAUGAUUUGAGAAUAAUCUAAGAAACGUUCAGAGAUAGAAAAUAUUAUUUAUGUAUGUACAGUUUGCUAAGCAGAGUUCUGUUUGUAUUAAUUUCUUGCAAUUAUAGACAUUGUAAAAUAUAAUGGUGUCUGUGU